GCUCAACAUCGCUCGACCGGCGCAGAAAACGCUCCCAGAAGGCUUGCAGACAUGGCAAAAGUUUUCAAGAAGACCAGCGGCAACGGCGGCCUCACGCUCUACCUGGGCAAGCGAGACUACGUGGACCACAUCGACAAUGUGGACAAACUGGACGGCGUCGUCAAGUUGGACCCGGCGGACUUCGGAGACAGAAAAGUCUUCGUCCAGCUGGCGUGCGCCUUCCGCUACGGCAGCGACGACCUGGACGUGAUGGGCCUGUGCUUCCGCAAGGACAUCUGGAUCCGCCAGCUCCAGAUCUUCCCGGACGACCACAAGCCGGCGCUGAGCGAAAUGCACGACACGCUCCUCAAGAAGGCCGGCGACGACGCCCGCCCCUUCACCUUUGAGAUUCCCACCAACCUGCCGUGUUCCGUUUCGCUGCAACCGGGCCCCGAUGACAAGGGGAAGGCCUGCGGCGUGGACUUUGAGGUCAAGGCCUACCUGGCCCACGACAAGUGCAACCCGGACGAGAAGAUCGUCAAGAAGGACACGGCGCGCCUCAUCGUCCGCAAAAUCCAGUACGCGCCGUCCCAGGUGGGCGCCGGGCCCAAAGCGGAAGUCUGCAAGAGCUUCAUGAUGUCCGACAAGCCCGUCCACCUGGAGGUCUCCAUGGAGAAAGACCUCUACUUCCACGGCGAAACCAUCCCCAUCAAAGUCAAAAUCAACAACGAGAGCAACAAAACGGUCAAGAAGAUUCAGGUGUCGGUGGACCAAACCACCGACAUCGUCCUCUAUUCGGCCGACAAGUACACCAAGUGCGUCUUCUCCAAGGAGUUUGGCGAGACAGUGGAGGCGGGCGGCACGUUGGAGAGCGCGCUGAGCAUCGUGCCGCUGCUGGCCGACAACAAGGAGAAGCGAGGCCUGGCGCUGGACGGCCGCCUCAAGGACGAGGACACCAACCUGGCCUCCACCACCAUGUUGCGUCCGGGCGUUGAGAAGGAGCUGCUGGGAAUUCUGGUGUCCUACAAGCUCAAAGUCAACCUGAUGGUGGCCGGAGGAGGGCUGCUGGGAGGACUCACUUCCAGCGACGUGACCGCCGAGCUGCCGCUGAUGCUGAUGCACCCCAAGCCGGAAGAGUAAAAGCUCCGCGGCCACAGACGACGUCGGCCCGCAGGAAACGCGCGCGGGAAGGAAGUGAGGCCGCGCAAGACCGCACCUGAGCAAGACGAGCCGUCCUUCUGUCGCCGUGGGUGCGGCCUUUUCCUUCGGCUGCAUCCUUCUGUCCAAUUAAACGUUUCAACCUCCUCUA